ACUUUACAGCUUGAAGUUCUUCCGCUUUCAUUCACCCGCCAGCUACUUCAAAGCAAGCGAACUAACGAGUAAAUGUUUGUUUUGACAUUMGGGGUUUCCCUGAUAAGUAUUGAUAUCUAGCAUUAAUUUAAUUGCCGUCAUCAUUUGACGGCUACAAUGUUUCGUGGUUUUCACCAUCCCGGAGAACUUCCCCGGGGCCCUGCUCCCUUAGGCCACCCAUCCCAUGUACAGCCACCCGGUCCCAGCUACGGAGGGCCCUUUGGCCCGCCACCCCACGUUCCACUGCCUGGACACUUACCUCCUGGAUCUUGUCAUCCUUUCUUACCUCCCGGAUCGGGAAGUGAAUACCUCCACAGGCCCAUGAGGGAACAUUAUAUCAAUACUCCACACUGCAGCAGUUACUCCAUUGACCGGAGCACAGUGAUCAGUCUGGGUAGUCAACAGAUUCUCCCACCAGACACACAGCAUCUUCAGAUGCCACAGUGGCUCGCCAAUCCUUUGGAAUCAUGUCAAAGAGACAAGAGUGAGAACUUGACAGCUGGUGAAGAAUUCCUCAGAUGCCUUGCAGCUAAUAAGCCAGUCCCUGACUUCCUCAAAGGAGUCAACCUGUUGGACGCAGGGAAGGCAUUCAAGGCACCAGGUGUACCAGAAGACCGGGGUUAUGAGAGGCAGAGACUCCGGAGCAAAUCUCGCAGUCCAGCGAAGGAAAGCAGGGGCAGGAGCAAGAGCCGAGCAAAGAGCCAGGUAAGAAGCAAGAGCCGGGCAAGAAGCAAGAGCUGUCCGCGUAGCAGAAGUCGUACCCGAGGGAAAAGCCGGGCAAGAAGCAAAAGCAGAUCAAGGAGUAGGAAUCGCAGCUAUGGAAAGAGCCGGGGCAGAGUGGACCAUCAUUCAGACCACAGGGACAAAAGGAGCCCCAUUCGGAGCUGUAGCAGCAGGAUCAGUAAUCACUCCUCCGCACACAAUGACCUGCUCGAGGGCCUGAAACGGGUUAUGAACAGCAAGCAACUGGAGGACAGUAUGCCUUCCAUCAAGAAUGCCAUUCUCACAAUACAGGCCAAUAACUUUAGCAGAGAUAUCCAGAGCAGCAGAGCAAUCCAGAGCAACUGUCUUCCAUGUGAACCAGUCUUGGCCAGCAGACAGGAAUUUCUUCAAGCCUCAGAUGGGCCUAAGCCAGUCAGUAGACAGGAGGAGACCGACAGCAAUCUUCUCCCCCACGAGAGAGUGGGCUGUGACUUCUCCUGGCUGCAGGGCACCAGGGAGGUCUCGCCUGUUCAGAAGCCGGAGGAGGUCGAGGAUGAGGAGAACUUCCUCUAUGGGAAUGAGGAAAACCAGUCAAAACAACGCCCUGCGACCAUGCCUUUUGCACAGUCCACAUCCAUUACCCAGCAGAGCGAUGCAGAGAUCUCCCCAGCAGGCCCACCCUACUAUCAAAGCCAGCCUCUGUUCGGGAACCAUGGUGAAGUCCAGGAGUUCAAGAUGCCUCCUCAACCGGUCCAGUCCAGUGUGAGGCCUGAGCAGAGGGUGCAGCCUGUUCCUGCUCCUGAUGUGAAGCCCGCCCCCACUGUGAAGGAAUGUGAGGAGUUCAAGACCAUGUUGAAGAACAUUGGGCUGAAUCUGGGCACGUCAGAGAUCAGUAAGAUGAUGGUCAAGCUGCAGCAACAGAAGGAGGGGAAGAUGCCAGAGCAGAAGAGGGAGGAGAAAGUGCCAUCACCAGCACCAGUGCUGCCUCUUCCUCUUGUAAUUGGGGCAUCACAGGAGCCCAGACUGGCCUCGCCAGCACUCGGGGCAGCACCAAUACGACAAGCAUUGGAGUCAUUACAGUUCAUUAUUAAAGCAACAAGGGAGAAAAGGGCCAAUAGUGAUCCACAUGAUGGCAACCAUUCCCAGAGGAAUUCAGUCAAACAGAAGAGCAAAGAUGACGAGGAGAGUCAGAGGAGAUCGAGACAUGACCAAAUGAAAAGGAAAGAAACUCUUGUGAAGGAACUGGAGGAAUUGCUAAAGCAGGAUGGGUCUACCUUUUUGAUUCCGGUCAUCGGGUUCUACUGUCAGAGGUGUGAGGAGUUCUUCGGAGACCUGACCACUGCUGAGAGCCAUGCAGCAACCCACCGGCAGAAUGAGCCUAGCACGCAGCAGCAUGUAGACAGACGACCUGGAGAGGACAGAAGACACCCUAGCCAUUACAUCGGGCACCCCCUGGGUCCAGAGUGGAGGGACCAGAGAGAGCCAAGAGAUCAGAGGUAUCGCAAACUAGACGAAGGCCCAAAGGGUUACAGGAACGACAGGGAGAAGAUCUACGUGAAAGAGGAACGACCUGGAAGCCCCAGGAUAAAGAUGACGAUGGUCCGCGGGCACACCCCACCAGGUCUGCAGAAGGCCAGGGGGAGAGAGGAGGGGAGGGUGGAUAAAGGCUCUUGUGCUGCUUCCUCUGGCCCUGCCAGUGGGAAAUAUGGUAGGGUCAAACUGGAGGAGGUGGAGACCAAAGGAAAGCCCAACGUGGAAGUAUGUGACAAAAAGGACAAAGAUAAAGGAGAAAGCAGUUCUAACAGUGAUGACGAGAAAUGCAAAUCUCCUAAAGGCAACAAAAAGAAAAAGAAGAAGGAGAAAAAGAAGAAGAAGAAGAAGGAAAAGGGUUAGAAGUAAUAGCUGCUGUACUGCAUGUCCUGGUUUGAUUGUACUGUACCUCUCUGGAGGACCUGGCCUUGGGUCAUUGUUUGGCAUCAUUGCAGCUGUUUUCAGAAGUUGGUGCUUUUAAUGUUCGAAAGAAGCAGUAUUCCUCUGAUUUGUUCUCUCCUUUUGGGGUUGUCUUUUUCCCCCAACAAACUGUGUUCCUCUGUGUUGUAGUGGAUAACAGCACAUUUCAGGGUGCAUAUGCAGCAUUUAUGAUGUCCAGAAUCGUUUUGCUGCCAGCUACGGAUCCUAUUGUUCAGACCUUUAGUUACUGUAGAUGUGUAUUAAAUAACCCUCCUUAUAAUGGGCCAUGUUUAUGUAUAUUUCACCCGGUACAACCUUGAUUUAGUGCUUCAAGUAUUAUCAAAUGUACUUUUGCCAUUUAAAGGUCAACUGCCAUUUGAAGCGUGUGCUGUCUUUCUUCCUAAUGUUAAACCGUUGAGAUGGAAUUAUUCUGUAAUGAAGAAAUUCUUAUACAUUGUCCUCUUAUAAUCUAGGUCUCAGCAAUUGAUGGCGCAAGGCUAUUCGCAAGCGCACAUGAUCUUGCCAAAGUCAUUGGAUCCUAUCAGGAUGGGAACAGUUGACAUGUUUUUGUAAGGUGAUCACUUUUUUUUUUUUKGUAUCUGAUUAUAUACAUUGUUUUUGUCUGCUGUUGCUUACUCUCACUUCCUCUUUCUCACACACUAGGCAUUUCCAUUGAUCCAGGUUUAUGCGACAAAAGCAAUGUCAGGGGAAAAAAAUCUUCUGACAUGUAAUAGAAACGGCAGAUAUAGGAGACAUUUUAAAGCUCGACAACAUUUUUAUCCGUUCAAUAGGGUUCUAUUUUUCUUUUGUUGAACUUUCUUUACUGCAACGAAUGAGGGAAACUGUUUUCGAAUAAAUGUUGAUUGUAAAAUA